GGCUAGGCAGGGCUACACAGUGGGACCCUAUCUCAAAAACAACAAGGAUGCCAAGCUUGAGAAACAAGACAAACAUAGACAUGAUGUAUGCAUAAAUGUGACAUACAACACAGAUAGGACAUAUAUACAUCGAUAUGACAUCCAACACUGGCAUGGUGUAAUCUAUAGACAUGCCAUCCACACAUACGACAUCCCGAGCCUCGGUCCUCAUCACAGGAAGGUGGCAGGAGAUCAGAGGAGCAGGGUGCAGGCUUUAAGACCCGCCCAUUUUGUUCAUCUGUACCCUGAUCUGCUCAGCCCCCUGCACAGGUGAAAGGCCCCAGAGUCAGGCUGUCCAAGGCUUGAAUCCUGGCUCUGUUAACUACCUGUGUGACCACCAGCAAUUCCCCUGACAAAAGCCAGGGCUACUCACCAAAUCAACCUCAUAAGCGAGGUAUGAUAUGCACACCUGUAAUACCGCACUUGGGAGUCGGAGGCGGGACAUGGGAGCGCACCACAAAUCUGAGCCACAGAGUAGGAUCUUGUCUCCAUAAACCAAGGAUGAUCUGGGGAAAUGACUCCCUUCCAGGGUAACAGCAACUGUUGCAGAAGCAUGCAGACCUGGGUUCGGAUCCCCAGCAUCAUGUAAAAAGCUGGCCAUGGCCACCCACGCCUCUCAGCACUAGGGGAACAGAGACUCAGAGACAGGAGUGUCACUAGGGAUUGAUGGCUGCCAGCUGAUUUGAAAAACAUUGAGCUCCAGGUGUAGGGGGAGACUGUGUCUCGAAGGAGUAAGUGGGAAAGAUGACAGAGGAGGAGGACACCCAAUGUCUCCUCCAGCCUUGGCAGGCAUGGGUGUGUGUCCCUGCACACACGUGUAUAUAUACACACACACCCCCUAAGACAAAUACACACAAUCAAAGGCUAGGAACAGCUGAGCUGCAAAGUGCUUGCCCAGCAUGUGUAAGACCCUAGUUGCAAGAGCAUGUGCACGCACGCGCGCACACACACACACACACACACACAGACACAGAGAGACAUAGAGAAAGAGACAGAGAGAGGAGGAGGAAGAGGAAAUGAGAGGUUUGUAGAUUAGCAUAUCACAGUGUUCAACACAGCAAAUCACCAAAAGUGAAUUAUCACUGUGGCUUGGAGAUGAAAUGGCUUGCCCAAGGUGACCGAGUUGGGAAAUGGUGAAGUUGGGAAAUGGUGGACCCAGGACUGCAAUUCAGGACUGAAGAGCAUCACUUAGAUGCACAUAAGAGAAGCUGGGGAGGACACCGAUUCUCCCUUCUCCAUCUCACAGGUCUGUCCAUUGGGGAAGUGUACAAAGGUCUGGGCACCUAGGAGGCUCUGUCAAAACCCUUGCUGACGGCAAAUAAAGGCCUGCUUCACCACGGUGGCUGGCUGGGUGAUGGAAGGCAGGAGGCUGCUGGCUAUUGGUGAAACUGCGCAGUUUUCAUGGAUGGAAGAGAGGAAGAGUCCGUGAAGAAUUCAUAGUUCAGGGAAAGGAAGAAUGUGUGCUCCAGGUCACCCAGAGACUCAGAGCUAAGACCCCAGUCUCCCGAUUCCAAUCCCAAACCCAGCCUCCAGAUAGUUAAAAGGAAACUGCACCAUCAACUGAGGUCUCAUGGACAUUAUGCUAAAAUCACUUUUUGUGUUUCAUACGUCUCAUUUUAUCCCCACAUUGAUACAGGGACAAAGGAUUGAGGGACAAAGGGUCCGUUUUUUGAUUCUUUAGACAGUAGAAGAAGGAUGCUUGCCUGAGGCUCAUGGGAAGGGUGAAACUUCUGCUUGUUCCCACAUGCCCCUGAGGUUCAUCUUUCCUUCCCCAAGGAGUCAGCCUGCUGAAGCGAGGGGGCUGCCCGGUGGAAUUCCCCAAAUCCUGCCUUGAAGAGCCUGCUCCCAGCUGGCAGGAGAGGAAGCUGAGUCAAGGGCACCACCAGGGAGGGGGAUGAGCAGACAGAACCUACAGUGUGUGGAGGGGCUCCAGGCUGAGCUCGGGGAGGGGGGUGUCUCAGAAGCCCAAGAAAGGGGGAUCUCAGGCAGUUUUCCAGUCCUCUACUGGACUGACCACUUAGGGCCUUCAGACCUAGGGCUAGGUGAGUCCCCAUCCCUGACAGCCUCCUUCCCUUUCCCACAAAUUCUGUAGUUUGCAAAACUCAACCGCUCCCCUGAGUGCUGUGGUUUCCUGUGGGUCUGGGGUCCUGCCUGACUCGGCAAUGUGGACUGUGGGUAGGGCAGAAAGGAGGGGGUGGUGUAAGCCCUUUCUUUGGGCUGCCCAACACACACACACACACACACACACACACACACACACACUGAGUCAGCACCCGCCUGGAGGGGAGGGGCGGGACUACUGAUUCAGUUUUACUGCCUCUUUAAAAUCUCAGAAGAAAGGGCAGCAUCAGCCAGACACUGCCAUCCUCACCAUGAGUCCCUGGCAGCCCCUGAUCCUGGCACUCCUGGCUCUGGGCUGCAGCUCUGCUGCCCCUUACCAGCGCCAGCCUACUUUUGUGGUCUUCCCCAGAGACCUGAGGACCAGCAGCCUCACCGACACACAGCUGGCACAGGAAUACCUGUACCGCUAUGGUUACAGUCGGGUAGCCGAGAUGCAGGGAGAGAAGCUGAGCCUGCGGCCUGCUUUGCUGCUGCUUCAGAAGCAGCUGUCCCUGCCCCAGACUGGUGAACUGGACAGCAAGACACUGGAGGCCAUUCGUGCACCACGCUGUGGUGUCCCAGACCUGGGCAAAUUCCAAACCUUCGAGGGUGACCUCAAGUGGCACCACCAUAACAUCACAUACUGGAUUCAAAACUACUCGGAAGACUUGCCACGAGACGUGAUCGACGACGCCUUCGCGCGCGCCUUCGCCGUGUGGAGCGCGGUGACACCGCUCACGUUCACCCGCGUGUACGGCCUCGAGGCAGACAUUGUCAUUCAGUUUGGCGUCGCCGAGCACGGAGACGGGUAUCCCUUUGACGGCAAGGACGGUCUUCUGGCACACGCCUUUCCCCCUGGCCGGGGCAUCCAGGGAGAUGCCCACUUCGACGAUGAAGAGUUGUGGUCGCUGGGCAAGGGCGUCGUGGUCCCCACCUACUUUGGAAACGCAAAUGGUGCCCCGUGUCACUUUCCCUUCACCUUCGAGGGACGCUCGUACUUGGCCUGCACCACAGAUGGCCGCACCGAUGGCGCGCCUUGGUGUAGUACUACAGCCGACUAUGACACCGACCGCAAGUUCGGUUUCUGCCCCAGUGAGAGACUCUACACGGAACACGGCAAUGGGGACGGCAAACCCUGCGUGUUUCCGUUCAUCUUUGAGGGCCGCUCCUACUCUGCCUGCACCACGGAGGGUCGCUCGGAUGGUUACCGCUGGUGCGCCACCACGGCCAGCUACGACCAGGAUAAGCUGUAUGGCUUCUGCCCUACCCGAGCCGACGCGACUGUGGUUGGGGGCAACUCGGCAGGCGAGCUGUGCGUCUUCCCCUUCGUCUUCCUGGGCAAGGAGUACUCCACCUGUACCAGCGAGGGCCGCAACGACGGGCGCCUCUGGUGCGCUACCACCUCGAGCUUCGACACUGACAAGAAGUGGGGUUUCUGCCCAGACCAAGGGUACAGCCUGUUCCUGGUGGCAGCGCAUGAGUUCGGCCAUGCGCUGGGCUUAGAUCAUUCUACAGUGCCAGAAGCGCUCAUGUACCCCAUGUACCGCUUCCUUGAGGGCUCCCCUCUGCAUGAAGACGACGUGAAAGGCAUCCAGCAUCUGUAUGGUCCCGGCCCCAAGCCUGACCCAAGGCCGCCAGCCACCACCACAGCUGAACCACAGCCGACAGCUCCUCCCACUCUGUGCCCCACAGUACCUCCCACCGCCUACCCUACACAGAGUCCCACGGUCGGCCCCACCGGCCCCCCUGCAGCUGGCCCUACCGGCCCCCCUACUGCUGGCCCUACAGACCCCCCUACUGCUGGCCCUACCGACCCCCCUACUGCUGGCCCUUCUGAGACCACGACAAAGUCUUUGAGGCCGGCAGACAAUCCUUGCACUGUGGGUAUUUUCGACGCUAUUGCUGAGAUCCAGGGCUCUUUGUAUUUCUUCAAGGACGGCCGGUACUGGAAGUUCCUGAAUCGCAGAGGAAGCCCACUGCAGGGCCCCUUUCUUAUUGCCCGCACGUGGCCCGCUCUGCCUGCGAAGCUGGACUCAGCCUUUGAGGAUCCGCUGUCCAAGAAGAUUUUCUUCUUCUCUGGGCGCCAAGUGUGGGUGUACACAGGCCAGUCGGUGCUGGGCCCCAGGCGUCUGGAGAAGCUGGGUCUAGGCUCUGGGGUAACGCAGGUCACCGGACUCCUCCCGCGUCACGGCGGGAAGGCUCUGCUGUUCAGCAGGGAGCGUGUGUGGAGAUUCGACUUGAAGACGCAGAGGGUGGAUCCCCAGAGUGUCACUCGCCUGGAUAAGAUGUUCCCUGGGGUGCCCUGGAACUCACACGACAUCUUCCAGUACCAAGACAAAGCCUACUUCUGCCACGACCAGUUCUUCUGGCGUGUGAGUUUCCGAGAGGAGGUGAACCAAGUGGACCAGGUGGGCUAUGUGACCUACGACCUCCUGCAUUGUCCCGAGAACUAGGGCUCCUCCUCUUCAUCAGCAGUGCAGUGCGCGAGAGACCACCCAGAGGGAAAGCAGCCAGUUUGCGGGAUACAGACUGGUGAUCUCUUCUAGAGAAUGGGAAGGCGUGGAGGCGGGCUGGGCCCUCUCUUCACACCUUCCUUUCCUGUUGGACUGUUUCUAAUAAACAUUGAUUUCCUACCCUU